UAACAAUGCACUUCAAGAAUCAUACACGCGCCAACGGGAUGUUUUCUGUCGUUGGGGAAAUAACCUUCGCUUAGAACGACCGUUAACGGUGUUUCCCUCUCAGGUAUUCGGUGUCGGUAACGGUUAGCGUUUCCAUGGUUUCCGGGGAGCACGGCUCUCCUAUGCAGCAACUGAGAGCGUGUGUAAGGUGGCUAACGUUAGCAAGCUAGUACCCGCUCAGUCGGGGAGGGGGGGACGUUUAUUGUCAGAUAUCUGACGGAAGAAACGGCGGUCUGUUGAUGGCCUGUUACCUCUACAUUCUAUGUUGGACAAUGAAAUUCGCUUAGACGAAAACCUUUGAAAAUAAACAACUCGAAUGGGAUACGAGAUUUCGGAAGCUGAAACACCUGCAGCCCUCUCCAAUCACCAAGGAAGCAAACUAGCUAAGAAAGGUUAAGACAAUCAGAGGCCACAUACAAGUGCCUCCACUGUACACUUUCUUUCCCCAGAGUGUGACUCGUCUGCACGACGUCACCAAUGCGACCAUGGGAAUUAGCAGUAAAUAGGCUGCCACCAACAGCCCCCUUAAACCCCAGGAGGUUCCUCGGAGAGCCCUGCAACGCCCCAGUGCAUCUCAGGAGAAGCCCACCAGUGAGACGGCAGUGGGGGAGACGAGACAGACCUGUACUGCACACUUCCCAGAUCCAGGAUGAGAACUUCCACCACCUGUUUUUCUCCCAACACCCCCAACAGGUUCCUUUAGAUGAGUCCAGACAGUACAGCCACACCAGCACAGCACCACGCAUGCUUCACCCUGCGACCCACCUGCCCCAGCAGAGCCCCAUCAUGGUGGAUCUACAUGACCAGAUGCACCAGGGAUCCGUUCCAAUAUCUUACACUGUUACGACGGUGACGACCCAUGGAUUUCCCAUUCACACCGGGCAGCCCCUUCCAGGGUGCAACACUCAGCAGCUCCCUGCAUGCUCGGUAAUGUUCAGCGGACAGCUCUCUCUGCUCUGCUGCCUUCCUCCUCCUCUCAUACAGGCAUGUACCAUGCAACAUAUACCUGUGUCUUAUCAAGCUUUUCCACCGCUGAUGUCCAGCGAACAUUUUGUAUUGCACCCGACCCCAUCUGUACCCCCCCACCAGCCGCCGCACCUUACUCCUUUGAGCCAGUUUGUCCCUUUACAGCCUCAGCACCCACGCAUGCCUCUACAGAGGGUAGACAAUGAAGUUGACCUAAGAGGGGACCAGCACCCAUUAGGCACCUUCUCUUACCCUCCCUCUCAUCAUCCACCAGCGCUGCCUCCUUCACUGCCCCUACAGUAUCUUCCUCAAGAGCCUCUGCAUCAGGAGCUUCCCUUCGGAGUGCCAUAUCCCCACAUGCUGCCACGGCGAGUGAAUGGACAAAGAUUUCGGUUGCAGCAGCCUCUCCCUCCCCCUCCUCCUCCUCCGUCUUACUACCCUGGCUUCCUCCCUUACUUCCUGUCAAUGCUUCCUGUGCCUCCAACAGCAGUGGGCCCGGCCAUCAGCUUAGACCUGGAUGUGGAUGAUGUGGAAAUGGAGAACUAUGAAGCACUACUGAAUUUGGCAGAGAGGUUGGGUGAAGCAAAACCACGUGGACUUACAAAAGCAGAUAUAGAGCAACUUCCGUCCUACAGAUUCAACUCAGAGAAUCAUCUAUCUGAACAAACGCUGUGUGUUGUGUGCUUUAGUGACUUUGAGUGUAGGCAGCUACUUCGAGUGUUACCUUGUAACCACGAGUUCCAUGCUAAAUGUGUGGACAAAUGGUUAAAGACCAAUCGCACUUGCCCAAUCUGUCGAGCGGAUGCCUCGGACGUCCACCGGGAGGCGGAGUGAGACAGGUCUCUGAGUGUUGAACUGGAAUGCUGCACCCACCAGAGUCUGUCUCAAAGCUGGGGACACCUGCCACAUAACCUGCGUCCUCCAGUAAAUAUAGCUUAACAAACCCUCUACUCCUGCCCCUCAGUUGACGAUAAAGAAGCCCAGGAUUGUUUCUGGAGCGCAUUGUUCCUCCGCUGUGCUUCAUUGUGCGAGUGUCACGAAACCCACUGCCUACAGCCAGAGUUCUGGGAUUGCCAGCCACUUCUGUCUCUGCCCCCCACGAUGCAGAUUCCAAAGAUUUUCCCCUACAAUGCAUUAUUUGCUGCUUUUGUUUACAGGGUUUCCUCUUUUUCAUUUGUGGAUUUUUGGUAGUGUUCACAAAAAAAAGUAGGAGUCCUGCAUUGGAGGAGAUGAGUCGGGAAGCCUGGAGGAUGGCAGGCUUGGACGCCUUGUGCAAUUAGCAGGAAAAAAAAAAAAAUAUUAGGAGUACUUCAACGUGGGUUUCUGUGUUCAGAGGCGACGCUUAACCAUCGGAGAUGCAUGUUUGUGUUGGUGUAUGGCAAAGUGACUUGUUAAUAAUGUAUGUUCUGCAAUAACGUAUCGAUUGUUUUUAAUAGAUUUCCUCCUUAAUUGUUUUAAACUUUGCCAAUGCUGUUGUGAAAGUGUGAUUUGCUGCGGUGGCAUACAGAUUCUGCGAAGCCCGAGGUCGUGGACUGCAAGCGGACGGGACGUGCGGCUUGUAGGGGCGUCUCCGAGCACUCAGAAUCUUCUCUGGAACACAGAUCUGUACAAAAGCAGUGAUGGAUUGAUGGAUUUUUUUGUGGGGGCGAUAGCGGAGGUUUGUGGGGUCGUCUGCCGUUAACUGCACAAGUGCUACAAUCCUCUCUCCAUGUCGGCAUUGUUUCUCUAGCAAGUGCGUGCGUAUGUGUGUGCGCGCGGUUGCGUGUGUGUGUGUGUGUAUGUUUGUCCUGUUCGCAGAGCCAAUGCAUUUUGUGUAACCACUGGAUACAGGGCAGCAUGCUAGGAUUUGCAUGAACUGUUGAUUCAGACUAGCAAUAUUAUCAAGUAUUGCCACCAAAAUGAUUCACUUUUAAGAAAAGAUGAGACAUAGAAGCAUACUAAAAAGAACUGCUUGCUCACCCAAAAAAAAGAAAAAAAAAAAGAAAAGAAAAGCACCACUAGUGGGGGAAAAAAUAGCAUGUGGUUACACUCUGGUUGUUUUAAAAGAAAGGAAGAGCUCGUCUAAAGGCGCCGACGAGUUCUGGAAGCCCGUGCAGGAAGCAAUACGUGCUGUGAGCGGACAUUUUCUUCCCCUUUUAGGAAGACUUUGGCUUUUUCUUUCUUUCUUUGUGAGCCAAAUCCAAUAUACGUAUUUAGCCUACUGUUAAAUAUUUCAGAUCUGCCUUUUUAUGACGUUGACAAGCACAAACCUGUUACUAAUCCUAAAAAGUACUUUGUUGUUUCCACUUCUUUGAAUAGUUUUUAAAAGGAGAAGAAGAAGAAGAAAAAAAAAGAAGGUGUUUUAUUUAUUGGUUUUAUUAUCCUCAAGAGAAAAAUCCAUUGAAGGAGACCGUUGAAGCACUAAUGAUGUUUGCAUUAGGUGUCUGUUCUAAUCUGGUAACUUGGUCAGGUCAUUGUCUUAGGCUAUGGUAAACGGUGUUGUAAAAGAGCAACUAUGUAUAGCUUCAGUGUGGAUGCUUUUAGAUAAAUGUUCGAAGACAGAACGAAUGUUAGAAGUCUCUGGUGACGCUCCGUGUGUUAACACCAGCUGUCUUCUUUUCCACAGUCAGAAGAUUCAGCUGGAGUGUUCAGUUGUGUAGAAACACUGUAAGACUUCUGGUCCCUCCUCCCUCCCCCCACCCCCCCGCUCGUGUUACGCGUGAAAAACAGGACGUAUAAUUGGGGUUAGGAAGGGAAAGAGCAACGUGUAAAGUGUAACGUGUAAAGGAUUCUUGCCUUUUCUUUACUUUUGUUUAAGUGAAUGUGAGUCUUUGACGUGUGCCACCUUCAAGAGAAAAAAAAGCCAUUUAAAUGAGUUAAACCCACAGCUUUGAGAAUUAACCUACGUGUACAUAUCUAUUUGCUGGCAUAUAUUGUAAGUUUAAAAAAAAAAAAAUCUCUCAGGGCCUCUCGGUAUAUAUAUAAAAACAAAAUAAAGAAAAAUAAAGAUGAACAGUCCAUUUUUUUUUUUUUUUUUUUUUUUUCUCAAAUGGAACAGAUGCCAUGUAAAGGGUAUAUCUGAAUUCAGUUUGGUUGGUUUUCCUAGACCAUAAAUGAUUUAUUGUACUAUUGUUUUGUCUGAAAUAGUAAAUGUUACACCAUUUAAAGACAGGCAUGCAAGAAAAAAAAGAAAAAUCAAUACGUAUGUUAACAAUACUCACUGAAAAGACGAUAACUCAUUACAAGUGUAUUAUUCAAACCUGUUAGACUUCCGUUCUUGUACUCCGACCAUAUUUUCACACAUAGCAAUUGUGAUCCCAUAUUUAAAUGUGCCACAGCGCACUCUAUCCUACCUAAGUCACUCCUAAAUCGACUUCAGGUGAUUGUUUUUGCAUGACUUUAAAAAGAGAAAAAAAAAAGGGGGGUAAAACUAAUGUUACAGUGGAGGAUAUCUUAAAAAAAAAAAAAAAAAAAAAUCUGGUGGGGGACCUAUGUAAUGGUGCACAAUAUGCAUGCUCGUCAACCAGAUCCCAACUGAUUUUUAGCUCUAGUUGGCUCGGGGUUCUGGAAGUUUGGAUCUUAACGCUCAGCUGAUAACUGCCAUGCAUUGUACUGCACACAUUUGUAAUAGAACUGAAUGACUACAAGAUUUUAUUGCGCUAACUUCAUUUUAUAUAGGGGGGCAUAUUUAAAAGUUUUAAAAAAGGAGGGGAGGGGGGGAGAAAAAAAGGUUAAUUCUUACAUACAUUGUGUUACUGUUAUUGCCCUAACGACUGAGAAAUACAUGCUCUGAUACUACUGUAGUCUUAUCAAAAAGCCAUAGUGAAAAGGUGCUAGAUGUUCUGCUUUUAGGUAUGAAAACUCACACGCGUGAAUGCAAUAGUUUGUCAUGGAUCUCAUGUAUUCUUAAAGCAUGUUAUACCAAUACCCCGAAACAAUGUCAGUGAAAAUCAAUAUAGUUUUAAGGGAUUUAAGUAAAAAGCUUAAAAAAAAAGAAUAAAAGUGUUGUCAUACUUAUUUCAGUGUAGUACUGUAUCUGCCUUUCAGGCUCUUGCUCUCAGUGUAUGAAUAUCUUUAAAAAAUGUAUUGUUCACUUAUAGAAGAUACCUUAAUUCAUGGUAAUGUUAGCACUAUUCCUUUAUGGGGGAAAAGUAUAUUUAAUUGACAGUAUCCAGCAACCUUGUUAAAUAAUAAUAAUAAAAAAAAGAACCUUCCAUUUAAGGCCUAGUUAAUGAGCUAAUUUUAAUGAUAACUCAAAAUAGAGUCUUGUAGUCUUUCUGUUAAGAGUGAAUAAUGAAUAAUCUCACAGCUUGUGUGGUGCAAAAAAAAAAAAAAAAAAAAUUAAAGGAAUAAAAAAGAUUUUCCAAUAAGCAGCUAAAGUUUAUUUAGGAAUUGUGAUUGAUUGCUCCGUAGACGCCAUUUAUUGUUUACCAAUGAUAUUUUUGCUGUGGUGGGAUAGUGGUUUCCUGUUAUUACUCUCCUCGGCCUCCAGGGGUCCUUGCCUGAACAUCAGAUUUAACCCACCCACCCACAGAGCCAGGGGGCAUGUGUUCUGUGUUUAGGCAGAUAUUUUUUUUGCUUUGGUACUUGCACAUUUACAGUUACCUCAUUUGUUUUCCAUGUUUGUAUUUGCGAGGGUGGGCGGGAGAAAACGACUAAUAUAUAUUAUAUAUAGGAAAUGGUUCUUAUUAAUGUUAUAAUUUUUUUUUUUUCCAUUCCAUUGGAAUCAUAUUGUUUGUAGCAUUUAACAUAACUAGUUAGUGUAUUAUAUAUACAUCUGUAUACUGUUUGAAAUUUUUAAGAUUUGUACUUUUUUUAAAUGAAAGUUGCUAGUUAUGCUUUACCAAGUAGUGCAAUCAUUUUUUUUUUAUUGUUGUGGCUGAUUUGAGAGGGUUGUUCACUAAUAAAUGUAUGAUGUAUACCA